AGCUUAGUAUUCACCGGAGAAGUGGGAGGGGUUAGACGUACGCCCCGCUGCUCCGUGCCCGUGGAUUACUACCUAUACUAAAGAGAAGGAUUAAGUGAGAAAAGAAUAAAUUGGAUAUACUGGGCUGGUUUGUAGUGGAACAGUGUAUAUGUGCGCGACAGGUGUAGGAGUGGACGUGUACAGGUGUGAGUGUAAACAAUAUCAGGUGUGGUGGUGAUGGUGGUGGACAGGUGUGUAUGGGAGUUAAUUAAUGGCUCUUCUGUCCAGGUAAAGUGUGAUAGUGAAGGAGAAUGAAAAAAAAAAGAAAGGUGAAAUGGUAGAUGCGUAAUGAAUGGUAACGAAUGUAUUGGAAAGGAAACGUAGGAAUGAAGGAAGUGAAUGAUAAUUAGUGAGAUUGAAGUGAAAAUGAAGAAAUGAGGAAGUGAGGUUAGGGAGAGAAAGAAGACAGAUUAUAAUAACAUGAAUUGAUGAAAAAAAAAAAAAGAAGGCAGGUGAAAGAUACUGAGAAAAAUUAAUAAUACUAUAAAAAAAAAAUGAACUAUUGUGAAAGAAACUGGUGAAUAAAGAAAAUAAAUGAAAAAAAAGAAGCGAAAUUCAUAAAAAAAAUAAAGAAAAAAGUAAAAAUAAUGAUAGAAAAAAAUAGAUAAAUAAACAAUAUAAAUAAAACCUUGAAAAUAAGAAAAAAAAAUAUAAAAGAAAAAGAAUAAAAAGGUAAACGAAUAACACAAAAAUGAAACAAUAAAUAAAUAGAAAACAGAUAAUCUAAUAAAUAGAUGAACAAAAUAAAUGAAGAGGAAAUAAAUGAAUACAAAUGAAUAAAUGAGUGAAUCAAAUAAUAAAAUCGUCACCUUUAAAUUCCUGACGUGUGACUUGAGCAUGACGUCACUUCCGGCAAGGUGACGGUCACGUGACGCUCCGAUGUGACCCCACGUGACCUCACCUGUCCUGAACACGUACCAAAUGGGUGACCUGCUGACCUGACUUAACCCUGCAAUAAUAAUAAUAAUAAUAAUAAUAAUAAUAAUAAUAAUAAUAAUGGUGAGGAUAGAAUAAGGAACAAGAAAAUAAUGUGAUAAAUAUAUGAUGAAGGAUGUUUGGGAAAUAAGAUAAUAGAAAUAAAGAAAGAGAAGAGCAAAAUAAAGAAGAAAAAUAGUAAUAACAAUAAUAAUAAUAGUAAUACUGGUUAUGAAGUGAGAAAAAGAAAACGAGAAAAGAGAAUAAGAAAAAAGAAGAUAAAAAAAAUGUUUGGCAAAUACAACAACAAACGGAAGAAAAGGAAACGAGAAUAAAGAAAGACACAGACAACCCUCCCCCCCAAAAAAAAAAGAUAAAUAAAAAUAAAUAAAUAAAUAAAUAAAUAAUAAAAUAACACCAUAAUUCUCAAGGUCACAUCACAGGUCACGGGGAUGCGAUCAGGUCAAGGCCAGGCAUGAAACACGGCAUGACCCGCACCACUGAGGCCACCAGCGGAUCACUCAGGCAUGCAGGAGGAGGAGGAGGAGGAGCGGAAGAAGGAGGAAGAAGAGGAGGAUGCAGUCUCGCAGCCUCCACCACCUCCCUCCCAUCCUCCUCUUCCUCGCCCAUGGUCUCAAGAGCCACCAUGAUGUUCUCCCCCAUCUCCCCUCCCCCAUCCACCUCCCCCAUUUCCCCCCCGCCUUCCUUCUCCCCAAUCCUGCCGCCUCCUUCGUAUCCUUCGUCCCCUCCUUCGUCCUACCUACUGACGGAGAGCACACAGGGCCUCACCAGCUCCUUCAACCAGUCCUACACGACUUUAGUGAGGCUGGGACUGCAAGCUAGAGGCGAGGACGACGAAGUAACCGAAGGAGGCGCUAACGAAGGGAAAGUUUGCUCUGUAGAAGGUGCUGUAGGAGGGAAAGAGCUCUACAGAGAUGAUACAAGGCAAAAUCAUGUCCUUAGUAACAUAAGUGUAGAAAACGGGGGUAUGCCGGCGUGUUCCAUAGGGGAGACUCAAGAAAUCUUAGUCCAGUCAAUCCACCACGUUACAAAAACCACCUAUUCCACCUGGAGCGAUGUGGAGCUGUGCAUAAGGGAGGAGAAUGAUCCACCAGCCCCCCUCGCUCUCCCAUCCCUCACCUCCACCCCUGCUGGCCCCCAAUCCCUGCCGCAGCUGCCACACAGGAGAGCGAGGUGGGACAAGAGUGCGUUGGCAGGGCAUAGACGUAACGGCCUGGUCUUGGCAGAGUUAGCGAGGGACUGCGAGGACUCCGAGUGGGACCAGACGAACCGCAGUGACUGGAACGAAGUGGGGCAGAAUGAAACGGAUCUGGAUGAAACGGGACAGAAUGAAACGGAUUGGGGAGAAACGGAUUUAGACGAAGCGACGGGGCUAAAUGAAACGGAUCUCGGGGAAACGGAUCUCGGGGAAACAGAUUACAAUAACGAAACGGACAUCGGCGAGACGGAUUAUAAUAACGAAACUGACCUUGGCGAGACAGAUUACAACAACGAAACAGACUUGGGAGGCGAAACAGACAACAACGAAGGUGACCAGACGGAAGAAAACGGGAGUCAAACCAAAGAGAAAACGAAGGAUGAGGAGGAACGAACCACCGCGGCUCAGACCAAGACCCAAAUCAAGACUAACGAGUCGACAAACCGCGGGACGAAGCACCGAACCGCCAUGAACCGCCAGGGGGACACGGUUCGACUCAGCCACGGGGAAAUAGAACUUGAGCGCCCCGUGAAGCAAAAAGUGAAGCGUACGGCGUCCUCCCGGUCCAGGAGAGUCGGGUACGGGGACGCUGAGAUGGAGGCAACCGCUAAGGACAUCAGCCAAUCACAGAACGAGGCUGAAUUGACGGGGCAUUUGAGAGAGAAGGACAGGGCGUUGAGGGAGCUGGCCAUUAUGAGGUCCCGUCUGGCUAACCUGCGCAAGAUUAUUCACGGGAAGAACGAGGAGAUUAAGCUACUGAAGGCGAGGCUGAAGGAGGAGGUGAUGGGGGAGGCAGCGGCGGUGAGGGAGAAGGCCACGGUAACCCAGAACUCUCCACGAGGAGGUGGCUGUGUGUGGAGUUCCACCCAUGGCCAGCCCACCCACCCGGCCAAUAUGGAGCAUUAGCUUUUAUUCACUACAUCUUCAUUCAACAUAACUUCACUCAGCACACUCAACACAUCCACAGCAGUCAAGCAAAUUGUGACUCAGUCGCUUGCGGCUCACGGAAGUCACGGUCGAGUUGCCAGUUGGGGUAGAGACGAGUGUUGUCACUGAAAUGGAGUCACCUGAAAACUUUAAACAUCUAACUGUAAUAUUUAUUAUGAACUGCUUUGGUCUCUUUGUUUCCCACGGCAAUCCAUCCUGGGAACCAAAAUAGUGAUUUGGAUGUUUGAGAGUCGAAUUCAUGCAAAUGAUUAGGAAUUCCAUCCUAAUACAGUGCUGGGGUGUGGAGGCUCCUCAAGACAUCAUCUGAUUGGUUUUAAACUUCAGGAGAGUUAUUUUGGAAUAAAAUGAAAUAAAAUUAAAUUCACUCCAACCUACUGUAUAGAUGUGUGUGUGUGUGUGUGUGGUGUGUGUGUGUGUGUGUGUAUCUAUAACUUAGCGUCAUAACCCUUUCCCUUGUAUAGGCGUCCUUUGUAAACCAUAAAACCGCUGUAUUAAAUUGUUUGGAUGGACAUAAAAACGAAGAAAAACAAAUGACGCUAACUUAAUCUCUGCCACGUUGGUGAAAUGCGUGUGUAAGACAACGUAGUACGAACAAUGUCAC